AGAGAGAGAGAGAGAGAGAGAAAGAUUCACGUUCUUACAUUAGACAUCGCGCUUGACAGAUGCUCGCGACAGCUGAUUCCUUCGCAUCCCUUUCUCGAGAGCCGCUUUCGGAUCAACUUUCAAUCGCGAUCGUCAGGGCUGCACGCGUUUCACCUGGUUCCACUUCCCUUACCACCAUAAUAAUACAACUGGAUCAUCGAGCAGGUCCUGAAAUUAGAAAUCCUGGCACCAGGACGACGACAAUAAUUACAGCUGCAGCGCGAGCGGGUGACGAGGGAGGCACGUACGAUCCUGGACCUGGACAUCGCUUGGAGCGCGCUCGGUGUGUCCGUGACGGAGUCUGCGAUAAACAAACUCUGAAAGAAGAUCUGGACGAGAGCAAGAGGCGCGAUACGUUUCCCUGACUCUCGCGCGUGGAGUCUGUCCACCUGUCCAAUCCCGUGCACCCGGGGACAACGGGACAGACGCGGGCGCUGGGUGUGCGUGGGCCGCAGGGCAGAGACCUGGGCCAGCAGAGAUGGGUAGCACGGACAAGGCCGUGAUCACGGGCUUCAUAUGCAGGCUCUGCAGCAAGAUGAACCGCUUCGUCAUCCACAUCUACGGGGAGGAGGGCGAGAGGAUGAAGCUCGCGGAGAAGAUCAACACUUACCUGCCGAUCACGGUGAACAUGAACGACCCGCUGCCAAAGACUGCGUGUUUGCAUUGCAUCGAGCGAUUAGAGGCGCAUCAUGAAUUAAUGGAACAGAUCAUGUUUACCAGACAGAGAUUAGAUCCCGACAAUAAAGCAGCCACCUCCUCUGCGACGACCUUAGAUACAGCUCCGACGUCCAGCCCACCUCCCUGUUGACAUGUGCAAUGGAAAAUAGUACGCCACUUCGCUCAAUGCGCCAUACGCCAAGAUUAAAUGAUUCCUGUAUGAUUUCUCAUUUCAUUUAAGCUGAUGAUAGUUUGGUGAGUGAAAUACGUCAAGAGAAGGACAUGCGGAUGCGAGAUAAAAAAUUAAUAUCAAAUUACAUUUCCUACAUAAUAUUAUGUAUCUUGUAUAUUUACUUCUCUCAGCAGCGAGUAUUCUUUUACAAGUAUUAAGAAAAGUUUGAAAAUUCUUCAACGUCAAUGUCCACUCUUGUCUUGCGAUGGAA